AUGGUUUUGGAGGACGAAAGCAGCGACAACCAGUCUAGCCUCUCGUACAUGCACUCUUCCUCCUCCACCGACGGGCUUAACCAGGUCCCUUUCAGCCUUGAAGAUCCAGAUUACAAGGGGCUUGAGCUGGAUUUGAUGUCCCCAUGUGAGAAGCACGACAUGGCAUCUAAGAGGCUUGUUGCCUUUGAAGGACACAUGCAUGAGGUUUUUAGCAUGUGCACAGCCGGUAACAAUUGUGGCUUUGUUGAAUGGGUUGAUCACCAGUGGCCCCCAACAAUGCAGAAUGCAUUGUUGAAGGUGUGGGCGAUGGUUGAAGAUGCCAAAAGUGCCAGGGUCAAUGAUAAUCAUGAAAGUGCUUUAGCUAUUCAUAAUCUGACAGAAGAGAAGAACAAGCUAGAGGCCAACUAUGACAAGUUAGUCCAAGAUGAGGUAAGAAAAGAACUGAUUGCUGAUAUGAAGGCACAUAUGGCAACUGAGAUGGCAAAGAAAGAUGCAGAGACCCAGAAGCUUACUCAGAAGUAUGAACUGCUGGUUAACCUGACAAGAGCUCAAGCAACAGUCAUUCAGAACUUGAAGUUGAACAAUAUGAAAGAGAAGCAAGUGCUGAUUGAAGCUAGGAUGAAUUUGGAGCUGAAGAAUGCAGAGGGAAAGGAAAAUCAUAUUCAAGAGAAGUGCCAGUUAGAGCUUCGGAAUGCUGAGCUCCUGAUGGGAAAUGAAAAGCUGAAGGAGAAGUUCAAGGGGAUUCAGGCCAUCUUGGAGAAGUGA